UAGCAUUCCUCAUAAUAGCACCAGAGAGAAGAAACUGAGUGACAAGUCUGAGAUAUUUCUGAAUAAGAUGAAAGCUCUCAUUCUCAUCACCACCAUCGUGGCAAUAGCUGUUGGUGUCCCGGUUCCUCAAGACCAGGAACGAGAAAAACGAAGUGUCAGUGAUAGCGAUGAAUUAUCUGUGCAGUUUUAUGAGCCCCCUUAUGGGUAUCCAUUUGGCACAUAUCCUUCAUUCCCAAAUCAAGCAUAUCCAUGGCCUAGAUAUUGUUUAUUUCCUGUCCCAAUACCUCUGUCUGACUCUCUAUCUACCCCUCCUCCUAAUAGAAAUUAAAUGAGAGAAAAGUCUUCACAGUGCAAUUUAAGAUGAAAUAAGUGGUUACUGUAAAAUGGGAUAUGAGCUACUUCCUUGAAGAAUCUAUAUUCCUGUUAUAACAGAAAAAUAAAUGUAAUGUAGUAGCACG